AUGUUUAAUGAAUUAUAUUUCAGACUGUCACCUUCGAUGGAAAUGUUGGCGAUAUUGCUCCAGUUCCUUCUGUGCGUGCGCCUAAGUCCGGCGAUGGAAUAUUCCAACUUCUUGAUCCUGAUGAUUCCUUUGCAUAUCGUUCGGAUGAUGAAUCUCUCCGUCUGGGCGAAAUGUUUGGGAGCAAUGAUCAGAGCAUAAACACCGCCAAAGAACAAGAGAUGCAACCACAUUCUGUUGAAAAGAAG